ACAGAAAAGAGGGAAGAGAGAAUGGGGAAAAAGAGAAAGAGGGAGGAAGAGAAACAUCCCCGGAACAGAUACUCGGACAACCCACCGGACUUUAGUGAAUUAGCGUCUUUAUACCCUUCAUUUGGAUCAUACGUUUUUUAUUCUCGAGAUGGCAAACCAAAGAUCGAUUGGAAAGACUUCAAUGCCACUCGUGAGCUCACCAGGGUUUUGCUCCUUCAUCAUCACUCCGUCACUUGGUGGAUUCCUGAUGGACAGCUCUGCCCCACGGUACCCAAUAGAUCUAACUAUAUUCAUUGGAUCGAAGACCUUUUAUCGUCUAACAUCAUUCCCAAUACCCGACAAGACAAUAGUCUCGUAAAAGGACUUGAUAUCGGUACUGGGGCCAAUUGUAUUUAUCCUCUACUUGGUGCAUCUCUUCUUGGUUGGAGCUUUGUUGGAACAGAUGUGACAGAUGUAGCUCUAGAGUGGGCCGACUGGAAUGUUAAGAAUAACCCACAUAUUUCCGAAUUAAUUGAGAUUCGAAAAGUUGACUUUGAGCAAGAGCUGACUCAUCAACACACAAACAGCAUUGAAAGUAGUACGGAUAUAACGGGUAAUACAGAGCAUCCAAAACAAGCAUCAUUUGGAAAUUCAAACAAGAGCUACAAUGGGCCUCCGAUACUUCUAGAUGUUGUCAAGGAGGGUGAGAAGUUUGACUUUUGUAUGUGUAAUCCUCCUUUUUUCGAGACAAUGGAAGAAUCAGGGCUUAAUCCGAAUACAUCUUGCGGGGGAACCCCAGCAGAGAUGGUUUGCCCUGGUGGAGAACAAGCUUUUGUCAGUCGCAUGAUACAAGAUAGCAUUCAACUUAAACAAUCUUUCAGGUGGUACACAUCAAUGGUUGGAAAAAAAUCAAGUUUGAAAAGCUUGACAUCAAAGCUUCGUGAGGCGGGAGUUACAGUUGUUAAGACUACUGAAUUUGUUCAAGGUCAAACAUGUCGAUGGGGAAUUGCGUGGUCGUUUGUUCCUCCAAUUAAGAAGAUAAUAUCAUCUCAUGUGGCCUCAAAGAAUGUCCUCACCUUCAUGCUUGAGGGAAUCCAACGCAAGUUCAGUGCAUUUCAUGUUCUCAACUCAAUUGAAUCCUUCUUUCAAGCGAGUGGUGCAUCUAGUAAUAAAAAUGCUGCCUUAUUUUUUAUUGAUAUACACGCAACCAUGUCUGACUGCAAAGAAAUCUUGAAGAAUAACUCUGGGAAUUUGAAGGAAAUUGAGUGGGGUGAGGGAUUGAAUGUUUUGCAUUUUCGUGUAACGGUCUUUGAGCAGAUUCCUGGCACCCUUUUAGUUAGAGGAUCCUUGAAACCUGGAGAGACCUCCGUGCCAGGGUUACUUUCGUCAAUAUUCCUGCAGGUGGAAGAUGCUUUGAGAAAAGAGUUUUGUCCAAAAAAGGUAAAUUAGAGAUCCUUUGGGAGGAAUUAUGGAACUUGCAAACUAGCGAUCUAAGAGGAAUGUUGUACUUUGAAGUUUCAACCAGGUAAAGGGUUUCAUGGCCAAAAGGAUGUGAUAAAGUUAAACUUUAAUAGUUCAUAAUGUGGAAUCCGGAUUUUUCAAGAGGUAUUAAGUUAUACAAUAUUGAUAAAGAAAUGAUCCAGUAUGUGGUUAGUGAUGAUGUGAAAUAGCACGUGUACCAAGGGAAGCUUGCGAUGUUCCAUUUUGUUUAUAAGCUGUAUGAUAUCAUGUUUUGAUUUUGGUUUGCUUGUCAAAUUUAGUAGUGGUUUUAAACUUUUAAUUAGCACAUCUUAGUCUGUUUUGGUAUGGUCUUUAGAGUUCCAAUUCGUGAUAUGGAUUAUGUUGUUUGGGGUGGUUAUUAAUAUGACUUGCCUAUUAUCCUAGAAUCAUUUAAAUAUAGUCGGUUUUUUAUUUUAGGAACAUUUGUCAAAUUCAUUACAUUUUAAUAUUUAUUAGUCCACAAAUAAUAACAGUCACAAUAUCUAACGGACGGGUAUAGAAUUCACAAUACCAUGAACAAAGAAACGGAUCCAAACACAACAGAUGAGUACAUGAUAAAGAAAGUUAAAAAAGAUACUGUAGAACCUGAUAGAAGAAUAGUCUUGG